GUCUGCUGUGGUGCGUUGCAGUGCCGUCUGCGCGUGCGUGUGCGAUGUAAACAAAGACUGCGCAAGUUUUUCGCGAGUGUUUUUUGCUACCGUUUCUAAAGUCGUUCUAUUGUAUUCCUGUCUGAGUUGGUUUGCUUUAUUAUAUACGGUUAAUUGAUUAAUUUGCAGACUGAAGAGAAUUCACAGAAGAUACUGAACCGGCGUGGAACUAGGCGCGCAGUAUGCUGACAGCCUAGCCGCGAUCCCAGGCCGCGACAUGGAGACGGUGCAGGUGCACAUGCCGGUGCGCGUCACGGUGGAGGCGGUGGACGACGUGGACGUGGACGUGGGCGUGGGCGCGCCGUGGGAGGGCCCGCGCCCCCGCGCGGGGUUGGGUCUGGAUGGCGAUCCGGCUGCGUCGAGCAGCUCGCACAGCCUGCCGCUGGUGCUGGAGUCGGGCGCCGACUCCGCCCCCGAGCUGGGGCCGCCCUCCGCCGACAAGCGCGGCCGCCGCAAGUCGUGGCACAUUAAGAUGGAGCGCAAGCGCCGCAAGGGAGUCAUCGGCAACGUCGCCGCCGCCGACCGCCAGAAGAGGCCCUCCUGGUGGAACAUCUUCGUGCCCGACCACUGGCCCAGGUCGCGCCGCGCCUCGCAGGACCUGAGCCGGCCCACGGAGAGCGGCGCCACCUACCUGCGGAGCAAGAGCCGCAGCGUGGACCAUGGCUUCGUGGCGCCUUUCGACUUGGACUCGCUGCGCUCCAAAGUGGAGGGCCGCUUUGAGUCCGUUGACAAGCUCUCCAGAUCCGAUUCUGAUGGCGGAGGUCCCGGAAAGGACGGCGCCCCUCUCGGGGAGCGCCGACCCGCUUCUGCCCCGCCCCCAAUCGAGACGACGACGUACACGGUGGCAGCGAACGACACCCUUACGUCCGUUGCGGCGCGGUUCGACACUACGCCGUCGGAGCUGGCAAAGCUGAACCGGCUGGGCGCGCGCCUCAUCUUCCCGGGACAGGUGCUGCGCGUACCCUUGCGCGGGCCUGCGGCUGACUCCGCUGAGGGAGCGGACCGACAGCAGCCGCAGCUGCAGCCGCCGGCGCCUGCGCACCCCGAAGGCCAGCUGACGCCAGCCGCCGCCGCUGACGCCGCGCGGCCCUCUGCAGAGACAGAUAUUCUGGAGAGCUUGCGGCCUGUAUCACCAAAACCAACUGGUCCACCUGUGAUGAGUGAAGCAACGCACCCCUCCCACCCUGAUACUACAGGUAGCAGUGGUGCAUCGCUGGAGGAGCAGCGAGCUGAAAGACGUUUCCUCAAGAUCAAUGUGCGGCACAUAACUGACGGACAGGGUGUUGUUGGUGGUGUGCUGCUCGUGACGCCUAAUGCAGUAAUGUUUGACCCAAAUGUAUCUGACCCCCUAGUUAUUGAGCAUGGUCCAGAGAUGUAUGGUGUAAUUGCUCCCAUGGAAUAUGUGGUAAAUGCAGCUAUCUACUAUGACAUUGCCCACAUGAGAGUGGGCCACCAUACUGGCGACAACAAAAGGGCAGACACACCCAAGCCGGAAAUAUACCAUUCGAAGGCCUUUCAGACCUAUGAGAAAGGACAGAACUCGCCAGGCAAGGAUUCUCUUCUAGUGAAGGAUGAGACUUUUCCAGAGCUUGCUGGCCCAGCCCGAUCUUCCCCAGAGGACAAUGAGAGCGAGUGUUCAUGCCCUGGACGUGAAGAUGGUGAUGCCUUCCCCAAGGCCUUUGAACGGGAUCUCGUGACACCUACUAACCUGGCAACCACAGUAGAAAAUGGGACUGAUGCGGACAGCAGACAGGUGUCUUUUGAAUCUUGCACCUCUGGUUCUCAGACAAAGGACGGUGUAGAAGAGACGACUGAAGCAGAUGAUUAUGACUAUGAUGAUGAUGAUAUCAUAAAGGCACUGAGAUCUGCAGAAGAGCGACGUCGCUCUUGCAUUGAUCAUCACUGGGCUGUACCUAGCAGCGAACGAGAUCGCUCCUUGGAAAAAGAUGAACUUGAAGCAGAUGGAGAAAGAAAUGACACAGCAGUAAGUGCUCCAUGUGAUGGCCUGCUAGAGAAACACAGCUGCCACGAUUCUGGCAUAGAUAUCCGAGAAGUAGGAGCACUUGGAGAUCAGGCACAACCACCUGGAACUCAUUCAGUCCAGGAACAGCAGGAAGAUGAGGAGGAGGAAAUACCUAUUGUAUUACCUAGUAAGAAGGUGUUUUCCGAUGCAGACAUAAUUCUUGCACCAAAGACUGAAUGGGUACCACCUCGAACUGUGUCAGGUCCAACUCAUGUUCACAUGUCCCAAGACUCUCCUCCUGUUAAUGAAUCUGGUAGGAAGAAAACUUCAUCAGUGUCCUUCAGUCUUGAUUCAAAUCAAGAGGGGGAUUCAGGCAGUGAUAAAGGUGAAGAAGGUAGUCAAAAAAGUGAAGAUCCAGAGAAACAAGAGAGCAGAAAGAAUAAGAUGCUGAAAAGGCUGUCAUACCCACUUUCGUGGAUGGAAGGAAUAACUGGUGAAAAAGAUGAUAAAGAUCCUCUGGUGGGACUACCAACACCUUCCGCUGUAGAUGCACAGCAGCACUCAUCAAUGUUUUCCAAAGUGUUUUCAAGCUCCCCCAUCAACCUGGUGGAUUUUGGGCUCUUCAAGACCCCCAGCGAGGAGAGUAGCAAAUCCCCUGGUCCUGGCCCUCCCCCUCCAACCCCAGCCCUGCCAGACACCGUGGGGCGAUCAUCAGUUGGGACUUUCAUCCGCCAGCAGCAAGAACCUCGAUCAGCACCACCGCAGAAGCCUGUUGCUCCAAAGCUGGACUAUCGUAGUAUGGUGUCUGUUGAGGACAUGCCUGAACUUUUUGUUUCAUUUGAUAAAUUGAUACCAAGACCAGCAAGAUCCUGUGAAGACCCACCACUUUACUUAACACUGAGAAUGGGGAAACCAUUAAAUAAAAAGAUUCCAAAGUCAACCCCCAUUAUGUCAUAUGGGAAAAAGAAAAUGAGGCCAGAAUACUGGUUCAGUGUACCCAGGAACAGGGUUGAUGAACUGUACAGUUUCCUGAUGCUGUGGAUCCCCCAUCUUUACGGUGACCUGGAAGAAAUAGACUUCAAAUCACGUGGUUAUGAGUUAGUGGAAUCAGAUACAGAACUCUGGGAUGAUGAAGUUGGAGAUGGAAAUGGUCGAACAGGAGAUAGUAGGUCUCGGUCAGGCAGUGAUGGUGAUGCAGAAUUGGGGGAACUGACACGUGAAUCGUGGGAGGUGAUCAAGGCCCCAUAUGUUAAGCUGUACAGUAUCUUGAAGACUGUGUCUUCCGAAUCUGAGCCAGUUGAGGAGGUGCUUUCUAUGAGCGAGGAAUUACGCCGUGCACUGUAUGCCAAUAAUUCCACCAGUAUUGACUUGGAAUUUACAUUGCCAGAACUUUCGGGUACAACAGAGAUUUUGUCAGAAGAGCACAGACGCAAACUUUGCAGGCACUUGCCUGCCCGAGCUGAAGGGUAUGUGUGGACACUUGUGUUCAGUACCUCACAACAUGGUUUCAGUUUGAACUCAAUGUAUCGGAAGAUGAACAGGUUGGAGAGCCCAAUCCUCUUAGUUAUAGAAGACACAGAGAAUAAUGUAUUUGGUGCCUUGACAUCAUGUGCCCUGAAAGUGAGUGACCACUUCUAUGGAACAGGAGAAUCACUUCUCUUCAGAUUUACACCAGAGUUCCAAGUGUUCAAUUGGACAGGAGACAAUCUGUAUUUCAUAAAAGGCAACAAUGAAAGCCUUUCAAUUGGAGCUGGCGAUGGAAAAUUUGGUUUAUGGUUAGAUGGUGACCUCUAUCAGGGGCGGACAGAGCCUUGCAGUACUUACGGAAAUGAGCCUUUGACGCCACAGAAAGACUUCGUUGUGAAGACCUUGGAAUGCUGGGCUUUCAUCUGAACAGUGCUGCUGAAAGUGCUCAGAUUCUAGGAAUGCAAACAGAAUGACAUUUGAAAAUACUGAAUGCGUGUUUCUGCCAGCUUUAUUUUGUAAAAAGUGUAAUUGAAAACAACUGCUAACGUGCAGUUUUAUUAAAAGUUUAUCCUUGAUAAUGGACUGCAUGAUCUGGAAAAAUGUGUGGGGUCACCAGGCUCCAAUAACAGCUUUGUUUGAUAGACAAUAUGUUUUGUAUUUUUGUGUGGAAUAUUUAAAUACUAGGAUGCUUUUAUGUAUCAUGUAGAAGGGUGAUAUUUCUUCCAAGAAGAAUAAUGGAAAUUAGUACAAGGAUAAUGCAUAGAAUUUGUACAGUGUACAUAAAUUGUAACUCUGUAGUCUGGUAAGUGUACAGUUGCUGUAUAAGAGAUUAGUCAGGUAAUUUCUGUCUGUGAAAUAGGAAAUGAAUUUGUAACAGAUCACUCAGAAUUAUUGAAUAACAUCUGGUGAGAUAUGCAGUGCAUGGUUAUACUUAAGAGCAGACUGUUUUGGUCAGUUAGGCUGUUGAACAGUGAGUAAUGAAAGUUGUCAAGCUAAAGUGAAAUGAAAGUGAAUUAACCAUUGUUCUGGAAGAUGAUUUUUUAGACUGCAGAUGAUUACACGAGUUACUUUUAGAUCAAUCUGUUAAGUGCCAGCAGCAUGUUUCUCAAUUAAUUGGUACUUGCAGAAGGUGAACAUUCUGUAUUUGAAAGAGGCUAAUCUAUAGAAGAGUGAAGACUAUUUCUUGAUGUCAAUGAGGAGUAACAUUUCAAGCACACUUCAAAUUGUGUGUCUUGCUAAUUGUAUGAAAUCACUAAAAUCAGACAUUAGGAACAACGAAAUUUAGUGUAUCACAUAUCACAGUAAAAGUUCGAAAUUACCAGAUUUGUAUGAACUUAAAUUGUGCUGCUCUGAAUAUUUUAUUUAAUAAAGACUGGUGUGAAGUUACCAUUCAUAUACCAACUGACUGACAACUUGGAAGCUUUUGAUGAGAUGGACAGUACAGUUACCAGUAAUUUUUUCUGAUAUCUGACACUGUUCUCUCAGUGUUUCGCAUUUGGUAAAACUUUGUGUUCAUGGAAAUAUCUGUAUUGAUUUAAAAAAGAAAAAGCCUGUUCAAACAACUUCAUUAAAGCAGUGGGACUGUUAAACCACAAAUUGUCUAAAACAAUUUUAAAUUAUCGACAGAUACAAAAUAGAAGUUUACAAAUGCCAUAUAUGCACAAAAAGGCAUUAUGUUCUAUUAGCAAAAUAAAAAUUCAGUAUGUAGAAAUGGUCACAAAAAUGACAAGUAUAAUGAUGAAAAUGUGAAAUAUUAUAGUUUAGAUCAAUAUAUUUGUAUGACACUAUCCUUCAAUAUAUAUUUUUUCUGUAUUUUGCUGGAAAAUGUAAUCUUAAAUUGCAGUAAAUAUUAUAAUCUAGAAAUGUUAAGAACUGCUCACCUCAGAAGAAAUGUGGAAAAUACAAAGCAUUCUGCGGGCAGCCUUGAUAUUCGAUUAGUAUUUAAAAUGGACUUAAUGCUUUGGGCUUGCCAAACCAUUAAUGCAUACAACGGAUACUGUAUAAAAUUGUUAGUGUUGCCUUAAUUGUGUGCAAAUGCAAAUAUGUUGAAUAUGUGGGAGAUGUGCUGUUUCCUGCUUCAUUGUUGCUGUGUGUGAAUGAAUGUGGUAUUUUAUUUUUUUACACUGAUGUAGUGCUGUUUUCUGUACUUGUUUUCUGCCAUUAUAUUCAUAAUAAUGUACAGUGAAAAUAAUUAAAUUUAUUCUUGCAGUGGCCAUAAA